CUAUAAAUAUCCCUCCUUCUCUUCCCUCCUCUAUCCAAAUUCAAACAUAUUCAGCUUACCUUCAAAAAAAAAAUGGUCGAUUUACACUGGAAAUCCAACAUCGUCAACUCCGAUAUGCCCACCAAGCUCUCCCCCACCUCCGAUAUACCCCGUGUCAUGUCGCUUCCACCCUUGACGGCGCCGUUUCACCCGAUUGAUAUCUCUGCUUCUUCUUCCCCGGCUUGCUCUGCUUACGACAACUAUCUUCGCCUCCCGCAGCUUAGGAAGCUAUGGAGCUCCAACGACUUCCCCGAUUGGAAGAGCGAGCCCGUCUUCAAGCCUGCCUUACACGCGCUCGAGAUUACGUUUCGCUUACUCUUCACCGUCUUGUUAGACCCCAGACCCUACGCCAACCGCCGCCAAUGGCUCCGCCGGAUUGAGUCUCUCGCCGUGGCCGAGAUCGAGACCAUCUCCAUCCUCUGCGAGGACGACGAAGAAGAUCCCGAUACACGUGGCACUGUUCCUACGGCUGACCUCAGCAAGAGCGAGGGCGUGAGUUACAGCGAGGCUAGCUUGCUUCCUCGAUUGGCCACAUGGUACAAAUCCAAGGACGUGGCGCAGAGGAUCCUCUACACCGUUGAAUCUCAGAUGAGGAGGUGCCCUUACACUUUGGGUCUUGGUGAGAUGAAUAUCGCCGGAAAACCAAGCCUCCGGUACGACGCCGUAUGCAAGCCGAGCGAGAUUCAUUCCCUGAACAAGGCGCCGAACGACGAUCUCAUCGAGAGCUACGAGAACCAGACGGUGUACACUACGCACCAGAUCAUAGAGUCAUGGAUCCACGUCACCCGCCAGCUGCUUGGCAGAAUCACCGAGAGAAUCCGAAGCAAGAGAUUUGAUAAGGCCGCUGACGAUUGCUACAUGGUGGAGCGGAUCUGGAAGCUUCUCGCCGAUAUCGAAGAACUCCACCUUCUGAUGGACCCCGACGAUUUCCUGCGUCUGAAGAGCCAGCUGUCGCUCAGAUCGACAGGGGAGACGACUGCGAUAUGCUUCCGGUCGAAGGAGCUGGUGGAGGUGACGACUCAGUGCAGGGAUCUGAAGCACAAAGUGCCGGAGAUACUGGAAGUGGAGGCGGACCCGAAGGGAGGGCCGAGGAUUCAGGAGGCGGCGAUGAAGCUGUACGUGGAUAAGAAUGAGAAGGGAAGGUUCGAGAAGGUUCAGUUGCUUCAGGCGAUGCAGGGGAUAGAAUCGGCGAUGAAGAGGUUCUUCUUCACGUACAAGCAGGUGCUGGUGGUGGUGAUGGGGAGCUCGGAGGCCAGUUGUAACCGGGUCGGUGUGAGGUCGGACUCGGGCGACUCGCUGAGUCAGAUAUAUCUGGAACCUACCUAUUUUCCCAGUUUGGAUGCUGCCAAGACAUUCCUGGGGUACUUUUGGGAUAACGAACACCGAUGUUAAUUCUAGUGCUGGUGUUGUUGGGAUAAUUUAGUAAUUUAACAUAUUGAGACACGCGUGAAGAAAAUUAGGCAUAUUAAAAAACGAAUUCUUUUCUAUAAUAUGGAUUAAAUUAUUCUUGUAAGAGCUUGUAUCAUUAUCCGUUUUUGUUUAUAAGAUAUUCAAUACGAUUUUUUCUCCAUUGCUCUCGUUUU